UCCACAGCAACCAUAAACGCAUAAUAGUUUGCUGCCAUCUACUGGUGAAUCACCUAAACACCCACUCAGGUGUUGUGAGACUGUAAUUUCUGUAAUACUCAGCAAAUUCACAGCAUUUGUCAGCAGUGGUUGGUUAUCUCUAAACAGGUGAUUUUAUUGGGGGUUAGUGGAAUAUUUAUUACUAUUUUUGUUUUUACAAUUAUUUUAUUUGAUUUUAGAACCUAAAUUCACUGUGGGCUCUAAGAUAAUUUGCUUUGAACAAUAUUUUUGUGAAAAGUGCUGUAAAAUCAAAUUGAAUUGAAUGAAAAUGUUUUUGUGCAUCUUUUGUUACUCUAACAAUAAGCAGAAAAAACAAUAUAUGCUAGUUUACAAAAUAAAUACCUAAUAAAAAUUAGUCUUUUUUCAUUUUUUGCUUCUUCCAGACAUUUCCAGUUUCGUAUACCUUAAUUGUUUUAAAUGCGUUUGUAGGCAUGUCCUUUCUUUGAGUCAUCUGAUUUGCCUUAAUUAGGCAUUUUAGGAAAAUAAAUUUGUUUGUGUAAUGACUGAAGGGCCUAGCACGUCAAGGUCAUGGUCAAUGUCAGAGCAGUCCUGGUUUUCAUUGGUCUGUUCAUGCCAGAAAUUUGUGAAGAGGGGUGGUAACAAGUCAGCAACUUCUGAAAUAAAUGGAGAAUACCACAUUUAUUCAGAAUUCUGCUGCUGCAUUGGAGGUCAUCUAGAUCAACAUGAAGGCUUCAAUCACUGUGCUGCUUUUUUCAAGCCUCUUUGGGCUGAAUGUAAGCGUCUACCGAUAUCACUUUUUCAUGAACGAUACUUUGUCAUAUGAAGAGGCACAGCAGCGCUGCAGAGCGCACUAUGACGACCUGUCCACUGUCAGAAGUAAAGAUUUAGAGGAUUUACCUUACAAUUCUCUAAUUAAAGAGAACUAUUUUUGGAUUGGAGUUCAAAGAGACAGUGCAGACAAUAACAAAUGGAUAUGGUCAGAAGGUGGAGAAGCAACGAUUACAUUUUGGGAGGCAGACCAACCUGAUAAUCAUGAUCAAAAAUGUGGUGCUGUCAAUAAAGGCACAUUUAAACUGUAUGACAAAUUGUGCUCCGCCCGUUACCGAUUUUAUUGUAUGAAGGUCUAUGAGCUGAUUGUGGUGCAUCAGAAAAGCACGUGGGAAGAGGCCUUGGAAUACUGCAGACAAAACUACAUUGACCUGGCCAUAAUAAACUCAGAAGACAUCAUGGAAGAAGCAAAGAUUAAUAGCACAGUAGCUGAUACAGAUGAAGUGUGGACCGGUCUGCGCUUUCUAGCUGGUCAUUGGUUUUGGGUAAACGGAGCCGGUUUUGGAUAUAAUGUCUGGUCUUUGGAUGAAGAGAUUCUGUGCCCUGCCAUGAACCAGCGCUGUGGGGUUUUUGAUAGAACACAGGGGAUUUGUAAACCCACAGACUGUGAGCAGAGACUCAACUUUCUCUGUGUCAAGAAAAAAUACGAAGAUUGACUCGAUUAAC